GGGGAUUUGAAGUCUCAUGCCUCACACGGUCUUCCUGGCACUCGAUGCCGUGUCGAUGAUGUCAUAUGUGCGCACGCACACGUGCGGGUGGAUGUAAUUAGUGCUGAUCGAACUUGGCUACGACCGACAUCGGGAAAUACGAAACUCCACUUCACGUUAAACACAUACACAUGCGCACACCUUGAGUGUUUUUUCUGAAGCGUAUUGUUUAGUCUGGAGGAGACGCACUCACGCACGGACGUGGAAAUCGAUUAGAUCGCGUUGACGUAGGCUCACCUGAGAACGCACACGUUCGCACCGAGCACAAGGUUGCGUUGUAAAAGCUUUUGCGCCAGAAGAAAAGUUGACCGCGUCUUGACUGCUCGGCACAGCUUGGUCGUCGUCUUGAUGACGUGGCGCUUUUCUCGGCUCCUACGUUUAUUUUUCAUCAGGGCCCGAGCGCUGAGGUGCCGAAGCUAAGCGCUUUUCAAAUUCUACUCAAACUUUGUUUCUUUAUAAUGGGCGAGUCUUUGUUAUUUGAUCAGAUUCAGAAUCAGAAUCAGAAUCAGCAUCCUCUUGAUUCGCCAAGAACUGUAUGUCAAAAAACACACGAGGAAUUUGUCUCCGGUAGUUGGAGCCGCUCUACUAUCACAACAAAUACUUUUGAGACAUAAAAAAACAACAACAACAAAAAACACACACUACAGAGAGUCACUUAGCAAGAAUAUGUCGGCUAAUCGAAACACGCUAUUCUGAAUUAAUAUUGCGUUCACGAAAUAAGGAUUCAACAUAAUAAUUCAUCCAUUUCUGGGGGCCGCCAUUACGGGCGACGUCACUCUUCGCCGGCGACCAAAAUGAACGUCACAGCUCGCCCCCGCGAUGGUUGCGUACGUCACGUGACCAAAAUCGGGAAACGGGUUCGCGGGCGACGCUGCGGGUCGCGGACAUGAUAGUUCGAACGGCAUUUUGGCAAGUUCAGGUUCAUCGUUUUCGUUAGACCCGUCAACUGUACGCGAUGACCCUAAUGUAGAUCACGGCUCGAGCGGUGAUCCAAUUUCAUUUUCAAAAAAAUUAUUAUUAUUGUGAGGACCUGAGCACAAGGUGAAAAGUGGGAAGGCUGUCUUGAAAUUGUCUUCUUUGUCAUUAUCAUUAUUGCUAUGACUAUUAUUAUUGUUGUUGUUAUUACUAUUAUUGUCGUUGGGGCCUGAGCCAGGUCUCAGACCCUCUUGGAAUCCCGUUGGUUUGCUAUUACGUUUUGAGCACCGAAGUGUGACUUUGAUGAGACCAAACCUGCGGUUUGGCGGUUCUGCGCGAAGGCCGCCGAGUCGCGUCACGGCGGCUGCCUGCGACCGCCGACGCAGGUUGUGUCCACAUAUCCUGUGUGUGUGUCUGUAUUAAAUCCUGGAAGGACACGACCCUUUAGGAAAAUACCGGCCCCCUGGACACACACGCACACACACAAAAUAUAGUCUAGCAGCCGUUUGCACGCCUGGAAACAUGAAUGAAUGCGUGCGUGCGUGCGUGCGUGCGUGCGUGUUCCUUGCUUCUGCAGCUGAUGAUUCCAAAACUGCAACCUUCUCUCUUAUAUGAUUCCGGAGCGGGAACGGGCGACUCCGAACCCAUUCCGGAGCUCACCGGGAAGCUCGUGCGUCCUCGCUUCACUCAGCCGGCCAAGAUGAGGAAGCGCGUCAUCGCCCGGCCAGUGGGCAGCUCCGUGCGCCUCAAGUGCGCGGCCGGCGGCAACCCUCGGCCCGACAUCGCGUGGCUGAAGGACGGACGGCCGCUGGGCCGCGGCGACGACGGCGGCCCGGAGGAGGACGGCAAGAGGAAGAAGUGGACUCUGAGCGUGAAGAACCUGACGCCGGAGCACAGCGGAAAGUACACGUGUCACGUGUCCAACCGAGCGGGACACAUCAACGCCACCUACAAAGUGGAAGUCAUACAGCGCACCAACUCCAAGCCCAUCCUCACGGGCACUCACCCGGUCAACACGACGGUGGACUACGGCGGCGGCACCUCCUUUCAGUGCAAAGUGCGCAGCGACGUCAAGCCCGUCAUCCAGUGGCUCAAGCGGGUGGAGGCCGGCGACGAGAGCAAGUUCAACUCCACGCUGGAGGUGGGGGACCACCACUAUGCGGUCCUGCCCACGGGGGAUGUCUGGUCGCGGCCCGACGGCUCGUACCUCAACAAGCUUCUGAUCACCCGCGCCAAGGAGGACGACGCAGGCAUGUACAUCUGCCUGGGCGCUAACACCAUGGGAUACAGCUUCAGGAGCGCCUACCUCACCGUGCUGCCAGAUGCGAAGCCCCAAAACAACUUCGUCCCGACCGCCGCCUCGCCCAGCCUUCCCUGGCCCGUCAUCAUCGGGAUACCGGCAGGCGUGGCCUUAGUCCUGGGAACCGCCCUCCUCUGGUGCUGCCAGUCCAAACGCUCCUCCCCCUCGUCUUCCUCCCAAGCCUCCUCCGCCCUCCCCGCUGCCCGGCGCCUCCCGGUGGCGGGCAGCGGGCAGCGAGCGUGCCCCGGCGCCGACAAGGAGGGCCUGUCCUACGAGGACUACGUGGCCCGCCAGAGCCGAAACCAGCCGCCGACCUCCUCUAAGCUGUACCCCAAAAUCUACACGCACGACAUCCACACGCACACGCACUCGCACUCGCACUCGCACGUGGACGGCAAAGUGCACCAACACCAGCACAUUCACUACCAAUGUUAGCAGCAGAGGGAUAAACGACACCCGUGACACUUUAGUGCAUUUUGGAACACAAUGAAGAAUGUCAUUUUUGGAAUAACAAUCAAAAGUAUUUGUUUUAAAAAGCUGACUAUAGAGCAAUAAACGGUUCCCCCCCCCCGUGUUCUGGCCUUCAAACAUUGGCAUCUUCUGUACAUAGUCAGAUAGGAUUACGUAGCAUUUAGCCUGCUUCUAGUCUAUAUUGUAUCAAUGUAAUAAUGUGCAGUUAAUGUCAAUAGUUUCAUGUCAAUGUAGUUCAAGAAACACCAACUACAUGUGAAGAAGGAAGAAACAGGCUGCUAAACGCUGCAUAGCACUCAGUAGACAUUUCAUUAGGUACGCCAUCCAACAUUUUGGGGGGGUUGAAAGGCAGCCCCAAAAUAACACGAAGUCUGCUAGGCGCGUCGAUCGGGAGUAGAUCCACAAAAAGUCUCAAGAAUAGAAGCAGGAAGUCCACCGGCGAAGGACAUAAAGGAUGCUGAGUAACAUGACGUUUGGUAGGCAUGUCUAUCAUGAGGAGACCCACAAAAAAGGGUCAACGCAGGAAGUCUCCCAUUUGACAUGAAUUGUAGUCAUUGAUAGGGUUCCUUCAAAGAGGAAUUGGUCUUAUUAUCAUUUUUUUCCUGAGGACUCGGCCCUGGCUUCUCGGCCAUCUCGGCGUAUUUCGUACCCGACGACUUGCGUGCGUUCACUUUGAGCUCGCCGCAUAUCAAGUUUAUACCGUUUUCCACCUGUCAAGCUAUUGUCGCUACUUCUGCUGCUCAUGUUGUUGUGCUGAAAGCUAACGGACCGCCGCCACUAUAGACCGACGUGUUAAUGUGCACUUACCGCUGGCAUGUAUGUAAGUGAAUUUCUUUUUUUUAUUAAAUAGUCAAAGUAGUGAUUUCAAUCUUUUUUUAAUUGCCUCAACAUUGGGUAAAAAUAAUUGCAUUUCUUAUUUAUUUUCAUUGGGCAUUAUACUGCAUGAGUUCAUUUUGUGUGUGUGUGUAUGUAUGUAUGUAUAUAUAUAUAUAUAUAUAUAUAUCUUUGUAAGAUAUCGUAUUUAUAAGUGCUGGCAGAUGUUUUGGAUAUUCGUUGUAUGGACAAUCUUGUACAGUUGAUCUUUUGUUGCAUAUUAAUCGUUGCCAUUAAAUAAAUAAAAAAUAAUAAUCUGUUCAUCUGUUG